GCAAGAAGCGGCCGUCCAUUAUUUUUAAUCUCUCUUCUGCAUCUCCUACAUCUCACCCUGCUUCUGACGCUCCCUGAGCCUCUGCCCCCUUGCAAGCAGAGCCCUGAGCCUCUGCCCCCUUGCAAGCAGAGCCCGAGGGCGUCUCUUUCCGGGGAUAGGAUGAGUGCCAGCUUUGGGCACAGCUGGAAAGACCUGCGUGCACUGGAAUUACACCAAGGCCUCCCUCCAGGCGCCACCGCUGGACUUCUCCUUCCGAGGCAUCAGCUUCAUGCAAGACCUGCUGACGGAGGAGCCUCGUCCAGGCCUCAGACCAAUCCGGCGCUCGGAGGGGGGCCGCCUGCUGACCCAGGCCCUGCGGCUGAACAACAACACCCUGAGCGACCUGACGGACUUCCCAGACAUCAUGGAGAAGCUGCUGGAGUAUCCCCUGGACAUCUACUGGAUUGACCUCUCCUUCAACGACCUGCCCACCAUCGACCCGGUACUGACCACUUACUACAACCUCCGGAAUCUGAACCUUCAUGGCAACAGCAUCCAGCACCUGUCUGAAGUGGACAAGCUGGCCAUCUUGCCUCACCUGCGCAGCCUGACUCUCCACGGAAACCCUCUUGAGGAGGAAAAGGGCUACAGGAGCUACGUCCUGUCCACCUUGCCCCAGCUGAAGUCCUUCGAUUUCAGCGGCGUCACCAAACUGGACCGCAGCACCGCAGCCGUCUGGCGGCGCAUGAACAUCAAGCCGAAGGUGAUCCGGAAGAAACGGGAGCGCUACUGACGGCCAAGCUGCUUCCUGAGGAAUAAAGCUUUAGAGUAGCUUCA